AAAAAAAGUCCAGCCGUUGCUGCUUGUUUUGUUGACAUCUGAGUAUCAUAUCAUCCGUUGAAGUUUUGAUUCUCCUGUCGUCGUUUUCAAUGGCUUCAGGUUAUCGAAAAUCAGCUUCCUCUACUGGUCAAAAGAAACCAGGAGUAAAAGUCAUACUUACCGAGGAGCAAAAGCAGGAAAUAAAAGAGGCUUUUGACCUGUUUGACACUGAUGGAUCUGGGACUAUAGACGUGAAGGAGCUAAAGGUUGCCAUGAGAGCCCUGGGGUUUGAACCAAAGAAAGAAGAAAUCAAAAAAAUGAUUGCAGACAUUGAUAAAGAAGGCUCAGGAACAAUUGACUUCAGUGCCUUUCUCGGUAUGAUGACACUGAAAAUGGGUGAAAAGGAUUCCAAAGAAGAGAUACUGAAAGCUUUUCGGCUGUUUGAUGACGACUGCACUGGAAAAAUCUCUUUCAAAAACCUAAAAAGAGUGGCGAAGGAGCUGGGGGAAAACCUUACCGAUGAAGAAUUAAAGGAAAUGAUUGAUGAGGCAGACCGAGAUGGAGACGGUGAGGUUAGCGAGCAGGAGUUCUUGACGAUAAUGAAGAAGACCAAACUUUACUAAAUGUGCUGCUUUCUUCACCUUGGACCUUUCUGAGAUAUGUUUUUCAUUCUAUUCUUUCUACAGUAGCAUUUAAGGACUUUUAUAUGUGUAAAUACCUUUUUUAAUGUGUACAUCUUUGCACAGACUUUUCUACAUUGCAAGACAAAUAAAUAUAUUUCAGCAGUUAA